AUGGCCCCGCCCGUGACGUUCAUGGAGACGGUCGAGCACCUCGGCGGCGGUCUCGCCAUGGUCGGCGUGGUCCUUGCGCUCGCUGUCGCGUAUGUGCUGCUCGUCAACUUUGCGCUGCCGCGUGGGCGCCUCGCGCAGGCCGAGCGUGUCAACAAGCUCCGUCGGGCCGCGAAAGACAAGCCACGCCGAUAUGUGGAUUGA